CUCUAAAACCCCAAUUUGCUUUCCUUAGAGAAACCCUCUUGUUUUCUCUGGGCGGCUACACAGAGAAUCAUUUUCCAGCCGGCGAUGGCAUUGCUCAGCCGUAUCAGAGCGGCGGCGAAGCCACUUAUUCGGACUGAAUCUCUACGGUCUUACGGAUCAGCUGCAGCUCAGCUAGUAGACUACGAUUACGACGAUUACGAAUAUGAAGAGUUUCAGAACCGGAGCUGCGUAAUGGAGGAAUCUGAGGGAUCGGUUCCUCGAAGGGGAGUGCAGUGGGUGAUUAUGGGUGAUCCUAUGGCACAGAGACACGUGUAUGCCCAGUGGCUCUCGAAGCUUCUAGGUGUCCCUCAUAUUUCCAUGGGUUCACUCGUUCGCCAAGAGCUCCACCCUCGUUCUUCUCUCUACAAGCAGAUAGCAGAUGCUGUCAACCAGGGAAAACUUGUCCCGGAAGAGGUUAUAUUUGGUUUAUUGUCAAAGAGGCUAGAAGAAGGAUAUUGCAGUGGUGAAAGUGGAUUCAUCUUGGAUGGGAUUCCUCGAUCAAAGAUUCAAGCUGAGAUCCUGGACAAAACUGUGGACAUAGAUUUAGUUCUGAAUCUUAAACGCGCAGAGGAUUUGGUGUCAAAGAAAGAUAAAAGCACUGGGCUUUAUCCACCACUGGAAUUCCUCCGCAUGGGGGCUUCUGGAAUUAGUACCAGUCGGCAGCCAGAGGGUGGUCAUUUUAGGCCUUCAAGUAUCAUGGAUGAUGUCUCGAGGAAGAACCUGCAUGUGCAUGCAGAGCAGGUCAACCCGCUAGAAGAAUACUACAGGAAACAGAGAAAGCUCCUAGAUUUUCAAGUGGCUGGAGGACCUGGAGAAACAUGGCAAGGCCUUUUGGCUGCUUUGCAUCUUCAGCACAGGAAUGCAGUUGGUUCUACACAGUUGACCGCAGGAUGCUGAUCUUCAUUCUUUUUGCAAGCUUACUAAGUAUAGGAAAUAUGAGUGUAACAAACUCUAAUUUUUGGGCGGGAAUACAUGUAUUUUUGUUUCAUUUUUGUUUAAAAGAGUACAAUCUAGUUCUACUGCAGAAGAGGUGUGAGCAUUAGACAAGCUUACAUUAUACUCUCCAUAUAUAGAUUUCUACAAAGUGCAUUUUUCAUGAAUGCUUAUGUUGUGUAAAACUUCAAAUCCACAUUUAUUAGUUCGUGUUGUGGCAGUUGUCACCCAUAUGAUUCUUGAAA